AGAUGGAGAACAAUAGAUGUUUUACAAUCUGCUGUAAGAUUCUCGCAUUCAUGGACCUCACUUUUGUGUUCUUUGCAUAGCAAAGUUACCCUCUCUGUGUGUCAGGGUAACUCUGAAGUGCCUUUUUCCCCCUCCCCCUGACUCUAUCCUCACAUAAACCCUCUUGAUCUAUUAAGGUAGCGCGACUCGGGUUGCGAAUGACCACAGUCACCAAUUCUUGUCAUGUGUCUAUGUAUGUCUGAUCUCAGAAUUGUGUGUACUGAAACUCUAACUUCCCUCUGGGAUUAAUAAAGUAUCUUUGAAUUGAAUUUAAUUGAAUUUAGAUCUGUGGUUAGUUCUCCAAGACGUUUAGUACAACCUACCAGCCCAGUUCCUUCAGCAACUGUGUUCAUGUGUAGCUAGAAGAUCUGAUGUUGUUUGGAAGGCAGAGGGUUGUCAUCCCAGAUAUUUAUCUGAUUUAGAUUUCUCUUUGGUUCAUUCACAUUAACAAAAAUAGACAGACUGACAGAGACAAGACAGACAGAUAGAUAGAUAGAUAGUAGGGGUGUGCCGGUACGCCUGACAUCCCGGUUCAGCACGUAACUUGGCUUAAUGUUAUGGUUCGGUACGUUUUCGGUACAGUAAAAUAAUUUAAAAAGCUUUUCUUAUGUGUAAACAGUAAAUUCUUUAUUUACAGUUAAAUUGAGCAUUUACUUGCAUUACAUUCUGCAAGAUAUUCCCAGAAAAUGAAAAUGAACAUGUACAAUGUUUAACAUAAAAAUAUACUGGUUUCAAUAUUGGAAAAAUGCAGCAUCAACAUUUGACUUGCUCUUUACAAAUAAACCAAGUGCAACUGAAAGAGCUGGCUUAACUACUGAAAUAAAGAAUUAUUUUUGUUCAUGCAAGCAAAACUUUUAAGAAUAUUUAAAGUGCAACUAUUCUUGUAAUCUCUUGUAAACUCUUUAACGUAUAGUCUGAGAAUAAAAUAGGAUAAAAAAAUAAAUAUAUGCCAGUUGAAAUAUUUUUGCAGGAAUCUGCAAGAUGAUUAUUGUGCAGUUUUUUUUGAAGAACUUAAAGUGUAAAUAAAGGAACAAACGGAAUUAUUCAGACUGAAAUAGGUUAACAAAAACAUUCUGCAACAUUAGGAGAUCCAGCUUGUUUAGGUUCACUCAACCUUCAUGUGUUUUGCCAGAAAUAUUAGUUUGUCCACAUUGUCUGCAGAAAGGGCAGGUCUGUUGGCUGUUACCAUAUCUCCAGCAGCAGUAAUAAUGAUAAUGAGGACAAACGGCAAUUUUUACCGCGGUUUUGCUCUAAAACAUCAGUUCAGUCCCUGUGAUCCACUGUUUACCUCCUCUCUCCCUCCUCUCCUGUGGGUUGGAACCCACACCUUCGCGCACCGGUGUGACGUCAUCAGAAUUCUGCUCGGUUCCGUGAUUGAAAUAUGUUUCCCUACCGCUCCUCACGGAAGCGGCAAAAUAACGUUUAGCGCUCAUAACAAGCGGAUUCUCAGCGCUUUGCUCAUAAAACAGACACCAUUAGUUCUAGUAACACCUGGGCUCCCAAGGCCUGUUCUGACAGGAUGUACGUUACGGGACCCUUAAGGAUUCCAGUUGGAUGAUUGGAGGAUUAUUUAGGAGGAUUGGAAUGAACAAACUGGUUUCAGUGGUGAAGGGUUAAAUGAGUGAGUGAACCCACUACCAAGGAUGAACUCUGCUAGCUUUAAAAACCAGCUGCUCUAAAUAAGCAUGAAGGUCAGAGAGGAGCUCUAGGAUGGACAUGGAUAAAGGAACUGUAAUGUAGAGGUAAAGUAGGGCAGGGCCAACAUUAGCAGCUGUCAUACGGUCCAUCUGAAAUGUUUGACUUUCAUUUAGCUUGUUAUGUGAUGUGACAGGUUAGAGCACAGCCUCAUGUUAGAGUUUUGUCAUGAAAACAUUGAGAUCCCUCACACACUGAUGGCGUCUAAAAAUUAACAUUUUUGUUUCAAAAUAAAGAAUCAUUUUAAUCACAAUUGAAACGUACAAUCCUAGAAAAACCUCGUCCAAUCAGUGUGCAUGUCCUGUUCUCACUGAUUGGAUAGAAAUCCUUCCAUCAAACUGUGUGUGUGUGUGUGUGUGUGUGUGUGUGUGUGUUCGUCCGUGUGUGUGCGUGCGUGUGUAUGUGUGUGUGUGUACAUUUGUGUGUGUGUGUGUACAUUUGUGUGUGUGUGUGUGCGUGCACACAUGAGCGUGUUGUGGUUUUGCACUGAUGAAACCAUCUUUACGCUGACAAAAAUGUAUCGGUACCGGUACCGAAGGGGGGGUCCGAGGACCUGGUAUUCUGGAUCUGUACGGAGGUCUCAUCCUGAAGGGUAUGUGUGGAGCGACAAAAUGGCGUCUCAUGUGUUUAUGAAACUCCCAUCAUAGCUUAAGAGCAAAACAUCACAACAUCACUCAGACUUGUGUAACCCGGUGUAAAACCCAGAUUACAAUAGAAACAUCAUGAAUAAUGAAAUAUAAAUGGAAAUUUACAAAACAGUUAAAACAGGAUAAAAGACCAAAUAAGAUAAAUAGAAAUCUAAGCAUUCAUACAUUCAUAGUUAAAAAAAAAGAAAAGAAAAGAAAAUACAAACUUCUUGAAAAUAGUCAAAUAAGAAAAGCUAAAAUCGAGUAAAUAGAAAGUUCCAGUAAAAUUGAGGUAGCAACUGACUAACCAAUCACGUGGCUAGCCAGCUAUUGCAUCAGCCAAUAGAAUUUAGCACUUUCUGCUGCUCGCCACGCAGCUUUCACUUGCCAGACGCGCUGAGACGCUGACGAGGAAGCACUUGCCGUGAAGAGCAAACUAGGAUGCACUAGCAGCCGUUACUUGAAAAACAAUUACUCCAAGUUCGAGAUACAGAGGUCCGAAGACCGUGAUUUGCCGUUACCCUUGGGAAACCCCGUGUAAACCAAGCUGACUUUUCUUGGUCAGGUUUUUUAUUUUGGAUUGAUUCACCUCGGUGAAUUGAAGAUUCUUGUUCCAGUUCUGGAUGGCGAGCCCCAGCCCAACCGAACCAUCAAGCCGAUUGUGGUGUCUCUGGUAAAUGGUCGCCCAGGGGCAAUGAACUUCUCCUACUCUCCAGUACUGAGGGAAUUCACCAAGGCCACCAACAUCAGGCUCCGCUUCCUGAGAACCAACACACUGCUGGGACACCUGAUGGGCAAGGCCCUCCGUGAUCCCACCGUCACCCGCAGGUAUUAUUACAGUAUUAAAGACAUCAGUAUUGGAGGACGCUGUGUGUGUAAUGGACAUGCUGAAGCCUGCAACGCCAAGGACCCCAAUGACCCUUACAAACUGCAGUGUGACUGUCAGCACAACACAUGUGGUGUGUCCUGUGACCAGUGUUGCCCUGGAUACCACCAGUUACCAUGGAAACCUGCCACAACCUACAGUGCCAAUGAGUGUGAACCGUGCAACUGUCACCGUCACUCAUUUGAGUGUUUCUACGACCCUGAGGUAGAGCGAAGGAGAGCCAGCGUGGACAUUCACGGACACCAUCGAGGAGGAGGAGUCUGUCUGAACUGCCAGCAUCACACCACGGGAGUCAACUGUGAGCGCUGCAUCCCCUCCUACUACAGGUCACCUGACUUCUCCAUCGACUCCCCUCUGGCCUGCUCCCCCUGUAACUGUGAGUCAGACUUUACGGACGGUACAUGUGAGGACCUGACGGGUCGCUGCUUCUGCAAACCAAACUUCACCGGGGAAAACUGUGACUCCUGUGCCAGCGGCUUCAUCAACUUCCCUGAGUGCUACAAACUGUCUGCAUCGUUAUCAGGCAUCCCCACGUAUCCCAACAACAACGGUGAGGCCAAACCUGCUGGAGAGAUCAUCAACUGUGAGUGCAGUGCAGCCGGCACGGUGGACAACUCCUGCAGACCAGACCCUCAGACUCAGACCUGCAUCUGUAAACCUGGGUUCAGCGGAGACCACUGCGACACCUGCGCUCCGGGCUUCCACGGACUCAACUGCCAGGCCUGUCAGUGUUCAGGUACAGGCUGUCUUGAUGGGUCAUGUGACCUGGUGACUGGUCAUGGAGUGUGUCGGAUUGGUUUCCAUGGUCACGACUGUGACCAGUGUUCACCUGGUUACUUCAACUACCCCGUCUGCCAGCUGUGUGGUUGCAGUGCCGUGGGCUCCCUGCCAGAGCUCUGCGACGCUGCCGGACGCUGCCUCUGCAGACCAGAGUUCCAGGGUCCUCGCUGUGAACAGUGCCGCUCUGGAUUCCACUCCUAUCCCAACUGUCAAGAGUGCUCCUGUGAUCCACGCACCUCACUGGACACCAGCUGCACAGCGUCAGGUAUCUGUCGCUGUCGGCCCAACUACAGCAGAGCAUCAUGUGACCAAUGUGCUCAGGGUUACUAUGGUUACCCGAGCUGUUCCGCCUGCCAGUGUUCCCCUGAGGGCUCUCGCUACUUCACCUGUGACCAGCUAACGGGUCAGUGUGCGUGUCUGCCUGGCGUGGUGGGGCUCAGGUGUGACCAGUGUGCACAUGGCUCCUAUGGCUUCCCCACCUGUCAAGCUGGGACUUGUCACCCCUCUGGCUCGGUCCAGUCGGAGCUGUUACCUGCGGGUCAGUGUGAGUGUCGGGGUCACGUAGAGGGCCCAGCUUGUGACCGGUGUAAACCUCUGUACUGGAACCUGUCCCCUGAUACUGCUGAAGGAUGCUCCAGCUGUGAGUGCAACGUUGCAGGAACUCUAAGCUCGGUUGCAGAAUGUGCUCAGGAAACGGGCCAGUGCCACUGUAAACCCGACGUGUGCAGCAGGACCUGCUCCGCCUGUAAGGACGGCUACUACAACCUGGAGCGCUACAGCUACUUCGGCUGCCAGGGGUGCCAGUGCGACAUUGGGGGCGCCAUAGGUCAGUUCUGUGCAGACCCACAUGGUCAGUGUCGCUGUAGACCCAACGUGGAGGGACCCAAAUGUAACCUACCUCGUCCAGAUCAUUACUUCCCAGACCUCCAUCAUCUAAGGUUUGAGAUUGAGGAAGGAACCAUGCUGGAUGGCCGACCGGUCCGAUUUGGGUACAGCCUUCUAGAGUUUCCAGACUUCAGCUGGAGAGGUUAUGCUGAGAUGUCCCCCAUACAGUCCAAAGUGUUGGUGUGGGUCUCUGUCAGCUCUCCAGACCUGUUCCGCGUGGUUCUGCGAUAUGUCAACUGGGGUGAUUCUGAUGUCCGGGGCAGGGUGACGGUCAAAGAGGACAGCUGGAGUCACUACUGUGGUAACUGCUCGGAACAGUCCAAACAGAUCCUCUUUGCUCCCAGUGAGCAGCCGGCCUUCGUCAACGUUCCUCAGAACAACUUUGUGGAGCCGUUUGUUCUGAACCCAGGAACCUGGACUGUGACUAUAGAGGCUGAGGGGAUCCUGCUGGACUACCUGGUGUUGCUGCCCAGUGCCUACUAUGAAGCUCCCAUCCUGCAGAUGAGAGUCAGUGAGCCCUGCAGCUACAGCUCUGGUUCAGACGCCAGCCAAAGCUGUCUGCUGUACCAGUAUCUGUCUCUGGAUUCCUUCCCUUCCAUCAAUGGCAUCGACGCCAGCUGCCGCAGUGACAACCAUCUGCCACGUCCCUGCCCGGCUGAGAAGGUCACCGCCCGUCACCCAGAAAUGGCCGUCUGCAGUGGGUUUGAUAUCAGCGUGGAGCUUCGCGUGCAUCCCAUUCCUCCAGGGGACUAUGUCAUGAUAGUGGAAUACUCCAGCGAGGAGGAGCUACCUCAGUCUCUGUCCGUUGUUGUCAACACGCCAGGAGCAAGAGCUCACCAGCACCAGGUCACCCUUCUGCACUGCAAGUACAGCUUCCUGUGCCGAGUUGUGGUCGUGGAUGAGCUGCACAGGGUGUCAGUCUUCUCCCUGCCCACUCACACGGAGAUCCAGCUGUCAUCAGACCAGGCCAGCUUCUUCCUGCACAAAGUGUUCUUGGUGCCUAAAGAGCAGUUUACCAUGGAGUAUGUAGAGCUUAAGGUCCACUGCAUCAGCACUCAUGGACUCUUCUCACCUGACAGCUCCUCUUGCAUCCCAUCACGCUUCCAAACCCCAUCAGACUCUCUGGUUCUGAAGGAGGGCCAGAGCUCCUCCACCGAGGAGGAGCCCGUCCACCACAGAGAUGAGCCCGUCUGGAUGGGAGGAGUCAGGCCUCCUUUUGGAGCAGACAACAGUAAUCACAUGAGACUGGACCCGCUGCAGAAUGCCGCUGUGUACUCUGCUCGUGUUCAGUCUCUGGGGCGCUACGUCUUCAUCCUCCAUCAUCACCAGCCCCUUCACCCCACCUUUCCUGUGCAGGUCUACAUUAAAGCAGGACAGAUCUGGCAGGGUGUCACCAAUGCCUCUUUCUGCCCUCAUGCUUAUGGUUGCCGUGGCGUGCUGGUCUCUGAGAACCAGGUCAUGCUGGACGUGACUGACCAUGACAUCUUCCUCACGGUGCAGGUUCCUGCUGGCAGGACUCUGUGGCUGGACUAUGUGCUGGUGGUGCCAGAGGCCAGCUACAGCUCCAGCUGCCUGAAAGAAGAGCCCAUGGACAAAUCCUACGACUUCAUCAGCAGCUGUGGUCAGAACAGCUUUUUCAUCAAUCCUUCCACAGCCUCUCCCUUCUGCCUCAGCUCGGCAGUAUCACUCUCAGUGUUCUUCAACAACGGGGCCAUGCCCUGCGCCUGCCAUGAGGUUGGAGCCGAGAGCGACACCUGUGAGCAGUUCGGCGGUCAGUGCAAAUGCUUGCCCAAUGUGAUUGGCAGAGACUGCUCCAUGUGUGCCACGGGCUACUGGGGGUUUCCCAACUGCAGACCAUGCACCUGUGGUACCAGACUGUGUGAACCGGUGACAGGGGACUGUAUCUGUCCUCCAAGGACUCUGCUACCAGAGUGCACCCAGUGUGAACCCCAGACCUUUGGCUGCCACCCGGUGGUGGGCUGUGAGGUCUGCAACUGCUCUCAGAUCGGUAUCGCCUCAACUGACGUUAGCUGUGACACGCUCAAUGGGCAGUGCAGAUGUAAGAACCACGUUGUUGGUCGCCGAUGUGACCGCUGUGCCCCUGGUUUCUAUGGUUACCCAAACUGCAGACCAUGUGACUGUAACGAGGCAGGAGCUGAAGAGGAUGUGUGUGACCCUUUUACAGGACAAUGCCUUUGUAAGGAGAACGUUCAGGGUUCUCGGUGCAAUCAGUGCAGGAUUGGUACGUUCCACCUGGACCCAACCAACCCUAAGGGGUGCACCAGCUGCUUUUGCUUCGGAGCCACAGACAGAUGCCACAGCUCAGAUAAAAGACGCACCGAGAUCAUGGACAUGAAAGGCUGGGUGCUGCUGGGAGCAGACCGACAGGAAGUCCCAGUGACAGUGUAUCUGGAUCAGGAUCUGGUGGAGGCUGACCUCAGUGACGUUCCUGAUGUCUACCAGGACCUCCACUGGCAUGCACCAGAGAAAUACUUGGGAGACAAGGUUUCCUCCUACGGGGGUUUUCUCAGGUACCGCCUUCACACCCAGACCAUGAGGGGGGAUGCGCUGCCUUUGCCAGCUGAAGCCUCCAGACCAGACAUCAUUCUAAAGGGCAACCAGAUGAGUUUGGUGUACAUGGAGAGAGAAUACUCCUCACCUGAAGAGCCUCACCUUGGAAUAGUUCACAUAGUUGAGGGAAGUUUCCAUCAUUCUCAGACAGGAAACGCCGUGUCGCGUGAGGAGUUGAUGAUGGUUCUGGUUCAUCUGGAGUCCCUGCAGAUCCGAGCCCUCCACUCUCAGUCUGCCCACUCUGUGUCUUUGCAUGGCGCCGUGCUGGAGGGGGCCGAGCCCUUGCCCUCAGGACGUCACGCCAACAAUGUGGAAAUCUGCAUGUGUCCGGCCAACUACCUGGGAGACUCCUGUCAGAAAUGUGCUCCAGGCUUCUACAGAGACACCAUCGGCCUGUUCCUGGGACGGUGUGUUCCCUGCAGCUGUAACGGACAUUCGGACCAGUGUCUGGAUGGGUCUGGAUCCUGUGUGAACUGCCUGCAUGGUACUGUUGGAAACCACUGUGAGCGGUGUAAGGAUGGUUUCCUUGGUAACAACAGUCUCGAUGGACAUGCUGUGUCCUGCUCCGGCUGUCCCUGCCCCCUGAGGGCCCCGUCCAACAAUUUUGCAGAGGGCUGUGUGCAGAAGAACGACGGGUUGCAGUGUCUGUGUAAGCCGGGUUACUCUGGACCACACUGCGAGAGGUGUGCUCCUGGUUUCUAUGGCAACCCCAUGGUGCUCGGUAGUCGGUGCCAGCUGUGCCACUGCAACGGUAACACAGACCCAAACAUGUUGUUCACAAACUGUCACCCACUAACAGGGGAGUGCCACAGCUGCAUGCACAACACUGCAGGACACCACUGCCACAUCUGUGCUCCUGGUUACUAUGGAGACGCCAUCACUGCCAAAAACUGCAGCAAAUGCAACUGUUCUCUCUGUGGGACCGAGUCAUGUGACCCUCACACGGGACAAUGCCUCUGUAAGCCCGGGGUCACUGGACAGCACUGUGAGCACUGCCAGGUGGACUCGUUUGGCUUUGACUCGUGCUCCGGCUGCCGUCAGUGUGACUGUGACACCUCGGCCGCUCUCGUCCAGUCAUGUGACCCUCAGAGUGGUCAGUGUUCCUGUCAGCCUGGAGUCACUGGUCCACACUGCAGGCAGUGUGCUCCUGGGUUCUGGGACUAUGGACCUAAUGGCUGCAGGAAAUGUGAGUGUAGCAGGGGCCUCUGUGAUCCCCGGACCGGAGAGUGCCACUGUCCCGAUGGAAUGACGGGAAAACAGUGUGACCACUGCUCCCAGGAAUACAGCGUUCCUGUGGAAGACGGUCAAGGAAUGCACUGUGAACAGUGUGACAGCUGUGUUGUUGUGCUGCUGGAGGAUCUGGAGGAGAUGAAUGAUGACUUCAGCCUCAUGUCCAGUCAGCUGACUCACCUCAACAGCAGCUCCAUGGCCUGGGCUCAGUUGCAACGGCUGAACCAGUCGAUAGAGAACAUCUCUCUUGCCGUAGAAAACUACAACAGCACGCUGGAUGAAAGCCGGAGCCGGGCCAACCUUCUGGACGCUGACAUCACAAACAUCAGUGAUGAUAUGGAUGAACUACAGCAACAGGCUGAAGCAACGGCUGAUCAAGUCGGUGACCUGGGGGUCAGAACUACUAAGGCACUGAAUCGGGCCGAAGACCUGCUGUCCUUCAUCAACAACAUCAGCAUGGAAAUGAACAAAAUCAUGAUGAUGGCAAAUCAGUCGUCCAAUGAGACAGAAGCUGAGCAGAAUGUAGAGGACAUGGAAAGGAAGAUGAGGGAAGCACAGGCCAUGCUGAGGGAGAUGAGGUACCGGAGCUGCGUGGGACAAAAGAUGCUGGCUGACAGGGAGAAAGCCGAAGCAGAGAAACUGUUGGGCCGUGUUAACCAGGAAUUAACAGGCCGUCAGGAAGAAAACAAGGACCUCGCCCAGGUGAUCAGGGACCAUCUGGCCCGCUUCCACUCUGAGAUGAUGGCUCUGCGAGAAGCCCUGAACGAGGCAGUGAACAACACCGCUAGAGCCACGGAGCUCAACAAUGCUAAUGAGAAAACUCUGGAGGACAAUCAGAGGAAAAUAGAAGACCUGGAAAUCAGAGAGCAGGAGGUCAACAACCUGCUGAAGAUGGCUGAAAAUGAUGUCGCUCUAGUCAAUGAUGCACUGUCAAUGCUACAGGACUCCAAAGAGGAGUACGAGCGUCUAGCUGCCCAGCUGGAUGGUGCCAGGCUACCUCUUACUGACAAAGUGAAGAAAUUUGGUUCGACUGACUCCUACAUUCCUCUGGUCGAGGAGGCCGAGAACCAUGCGGAGCUGCUGGACGCUUUAGCCAAGAACUUGUCUAGUGUUGUUGCAGAAACCAGGAAGGAGGGUAUUGUAGACGUCACAAAGGCUUACAGCAACAUAAUCAACAGCAUCAGUGAAGCUGAGGAGACCGCCAACAUGGCAGAGAAGGCUGCUAAUGACACUCUGGAGAAAAUAAAACAGCAGGACCUUGGUCAGAUGGCUGAAAUGCUGAAGAACACCAGUAUGGAACUGACUGAUGAAGGCAAACGGUUGGAUAAUGACCUGAACAACAACCUGAAAGCCAGACUAGAGGAUGCUCAGAGACGACUGGAUGAAGCUAAAACCAAACAUGAACAGACAACGACAGAUCUGGAAGCCAUUCAGGAUAAACUCAACCUGACCUCAAAUGUGACUCAGGAAAUAAAUGAAGUAAAGCAAGUUGCAGAUGCAGCCAACUCCACAGCCUCGCUGGUCAACAACCUGCUGCGACCCAUCAAAGAGCAGCUAGAGCAGUGGCAGCAGGUGUACGGAGACGCCAAUUCCACCAACGUGGACCUGAACAAUGCCCUGAUGGAUGCCAACAGCACCGUGAACAGGCUAGGUGAAACCAUUCCUGUGCUGAUGCAGAAACUGGAUGACCUUCAGAAUCACUCAGUCCAGAUGCCCAACAUCUCUGAGAACAUCAGUCGGAUUAGACAGCUCAUACAGCAAGCGCGCAGCGCCGCCAGCAAGGUCCGGGUGUCUGUGAAAUUCAAUGGGCAGUCGGGCGUUCAGGUGCGUACGCCAUCCAACAUGGCCGACCUGGCUGCCUACACCUCUCUGAAGUUCUACAUUACACUGGCUGAUGCAGUGCGGCGGCGACGGCAGGACAGCAUCACCAAACAGUUUGUCUUCUACCUUGGCAACAGAAAUUCCAGUAAGGAGUACAUGGGAAUGGCUCGGGAAGGGAAGCGGCUGCUGUGGUAUUUUAAUGUUGGAGGAGACACGGCUCAGGCGCUGAUGAAGGAAGAUGUUCUGUCAGAUGGAAACUUCAACGAGGUCUUCCUGGAGAGGAUCCUCCAGUACGGUCAGAUGUCCAUGUCCUCCAUCACCGACAGCGUCAAUGAGGUCACCAAGGCCAGCGUGGUUGCUGGUGGAGACGAGGGGCUGCUGGGCCUCCUGAGCAGCGACACUGUCUUCUACGUGGGGGGGUACCCCAGCAGUUUCACCCCACCUUCUCCACUUUCAUUGUCUAACUUCACGGGAGGCAUUGAGCUGGACACGCUGAACGAGGACGUGAUCAGUCUGUAUAACUUUGAAAACACCUUCCAGCUCAACACUACCGCACAGAAACCUUACGGCAGGUCCAAGUCCAAGCAGCCUCAGGCCUGGGUGAACGACGCAGCAUAUUUUGAUGGAACUGGUUUUGCUGAGAUCACGUUUAACAGUGAACAAAUUAACCCUCGCUUCGAGAUGGAAAUCAAACUGCUCUCACAUAAAGGAAUUCUCUUCCUGUUGCAAAAGGAGGACAAGUUCCUGUGUCUGGCAGUGCUUCAAGGACGACUGAAGGUCUACUAUGACUUUUACGGGACCUUGGUGGAUGCUGAGCCUGAACCAUUGCGAGACCUGACGAUGAGUGAUGGACAACCCAAAUCACUGGUGGUUAUCUUCCUGACGUCCCGGAACUCCAUCGUGGUCAGACACGCUCAGGUGAACCUCUUCCUCAUCCGGCUGGCGGCUACGAUCCCUCAGUUCGGUGACAACUACUACCUGGGAGGGGUACCAGAGCGACACGUCCCUGUGAGCUUGAAGAGCCUGUUUGUGAGGCAGAGGUCUGUGAGGGGCUGCUUCAGGAACGUGAAGGCCAGCAGUGGCUACAUCAACCUGAGGACCAUGAACUCCACGGGUGUCAGCUUUGGCUGCAACAGUGACCUGCUGGUGGCUCGUGAGGCUUAUUUCAGCGGUCAGAGCUACCUGGACCUUAACCUGACGAGUGUCUCCAGUCUGAAAAACAACUUCUAUGCCAGUUUCAGCUUUAGGACAGAACAAACAAAGGGGCUGAUGUUCUACCAUCACGAUCAGCAGGGAGACAUCUGUCAGGUGUAUCUGCAUCAGGGCUACAUCGUGGUAAGAGUAGGCAACAAUGAGAUAAGGACUCAGAAGACGUACAACGACAACAACAGUCACAACGUUGCUAUUUACAACAACAUGAACGGGAUUCGACUGUACAUGGAUGAUGUGCUGGAGAAGGUGACCGGAGGCAGUCAGCCGAGCACCAGGGCGGCAGGUGUUAGUACCCCUGAAGGAAGCACCUUCCUGGGAGGGAUGCCUAAUGCAAUGGUUGCUAACCUGACCGGAUGUCUCAGGAAUGUCUUCAUAAAGAGUGACACCAGUGUUCAGGCGGUUCUCAACCUGAUGAAAGCCAACGAAAACGUCAAUGUUCCUCUGGUGUGUCCUGCUGCUAAGAAACCUCAGCAGAUCAUUGCCGAGCCGUCCAAACGCAGUAACAAGCCCAAGGGUAGACACAGGAAACCAGGAUCUCUCAGUCGGAACACCAGGGAGUCCUGUCCAGGUGAGCUGCCGCUCUCUGAAAGCCGAGCAACCCACUUCAGCGGCUCCACCCUCAGCUACCACCGAUACCAUCCAGUACCUAGCUCAGUGCUUCAUGUCUCCUUAGCGCUGAAGAUAUCCUCUGAUGGUUGUGUGCUCUACGCCACCGGAAAGCAGCGUGACAAAGCAGUGAUGUCACUCAGCAUCUCCAAUGGCCUCCUGCAGCUUUCAUUAGACACAGAGAAUAAGAAAGUUGUGCUGCAAAGCAAAAACAAAUACAAUGAUAACCGAUGGCAUACGGUUUUCAUAAAGCAUGAAGGAAAGAGGCUAAGUCUGAUUGUGGAUGGGAUCAGCACCCAAACUCAGAGAAUACCAGAAAUCUCCAAGACCCGCUUCACAGGACCUCUAUAUAUCGGAGGAGUCCCAGCCUCAGUCACAACUGGAGGCUGUGUUGGAUUUGUGGGCUGUGUCAAGGAUCUGAUGCUGAAUAAAGACCCUGCAGGAAGCCCAACCCACAGCCAGGGCACAGUGCCAUGUUUCCAGAAAUCUCUGCAGCCCGGCACAUACUUCUCUGGACCCGGAGGACACAUGGAGCUGGAUGAGCUCCUGGAUCUGAGCCAAAAUCUAGAGAUCCAGCUUGAGGUUCGGCCCAUCUCAGAUUCUGGACUGCUGUUGCAUGCUGGAACGUCACCUAACCAUCACCUGAGUUUGGCCCUCAGCCACGGAAAGGUAAUCGUCUUAGUCAACAGUGACAAAGGUGAAUUCUCCACCUCCUUUUAUUCUGAAAAACCUCUGUGCAAUGGGCUCUGGCACACUAUCAAAGUGUUGAAGAAGGACAGAAGUCUGAGGCUGUAUGUGGACGGAGCCAGCAGUUCCAGCGUGGGCCCCGGACAGAACCGUUCUGCAGGGCCCAAAGUGUCCGUUUACCUGGGAGAUGUACCUGGUGGGACCAGAAUUCCCAGACUUCCUGAGGGCCUGCCAGGUUUUAAAGGCUGCAUCCGCAGCGUUCUGCUGAAGCGGAGAGCUGCUGUGCUGUCCAAACCUCGCUCUGUGCAUGGAGCGGUGGGCAUGGGAGGCUGCCCACACCCAUAGAGCCUCAUCCUCACAUUACACAGUACUGGUGGUGGGUGGGUGUCAUGCUACUGUAGCUUAUUUAAAACCGUGAUAUUUAUUUUCACAUAUAUCACAAUAUUCCAGCUUCCACAGGGUGCUGUAUUAGGAACAGCUGUGUGACUGAAUCAAGACUAAAGUCAACAAUUUGUUUAGAAAAAGCUAAAAUCAAACGCACCCUCUGGGCUGGUAACUCAUGACCUCUGAGGCGGAGACCAGUCUGACGGGGACAGCAUCCAGAAACAGCUGCUGGACUCAUGUGACCCCGGGUUUCCACGGGAGCCGUCAGCAGCACGUUACUGCAGCAGCACGUCUUGCUUGCAUGAGCUGCUACUUGGCCCUUCCCACGAGACGUGAAGCAGCAGGGGAGCAGCUGUCACCGACCGAGCACGAAGUUACACGAGUGACUUCGUCAGUAAACACAACAACAAGCAGGAGAAAACUACAACAUGGUUUGUGUUUUAUGUUCUGUCCGUUUUAUAAUCGCCAAUAUGGACCUGAAAAACAAAGGAGACUGCUAGCUAGGUGAUAACUUCUCACUGGGCCGCACAGUUAGUAAAGUUUUUAAAAAGUAAAGCAACCGGAAGGCAGUACGUUCUUUAUUCUGAAAAUCUCGAGAGCUUCUCUCCAUUUCCACGUCCGAUUUCCUGACUUUCCUUCCCCAAAAAUGUCGAACUUGACCCGUUUCAGAGGCGUUGCGCGUAGAAAAUAGAACUGGCGCGUAAAGGCUGCGACAUGCUUCUCCUGAGACGCGGCCGACGGCUCCAGUGGAAAGCCGGGGUAAGACUGAACCCGGACCAAACACACGAGGGUAGCGUGCUCGUUAUUAUUAUAAAGACCUGAAACAGAACAGUCUCAACUCCGGCUCGUGUCUGAAUAAACAUUUUUAUAACCCGAA